GUGUCGUCUGCCCUUGAGGUGUGCAGGUGGCUCGGGCGCAGUUUCUUUUCCCUGUACCCUGCAGUGGCUGUGGACCCCAUGAGGAGGAUACUGGGACACCCGGAGGCCUGGAAAUGGACUCACUGACCUUUGAGGAUGUGGCUUUGAGCUUCACCCUGGAGGAGUGGGCUAUGCUGGACCCUUCACAGAAAAAACUCUACAGAGAUGUGAUGCUGGAAAUCUUCAGGAACCUGGCAUCUAUAGGGAGAAAAUGGGAAGAUCAGAACAUUAAAGAUUGGUACAAAAUCCAGGGGGGAAAUCUAAGCACUGAUAUGGAGAAAGACUGCGGAAGUAAAGAAAGUAGCGAAUGUGGAGAAAUCUUCAGACAGAUUCUAAGUAAUAAUCUGAACAAGAAAACUGGAGUAAAACCAUGUGAAUGUACUGUGUGUGGAGUAGUCUUCAUGCAUCAUUCAGCUUUUAUUAGGCACAUCAGAUCUCACACUAGAUACAAACCAUAUGAGUAUCAGAAAUAUGCAGAGAAGCCAUAUAAAUGUAAGGAACAUGGGAAAGCCUUUAGUUAUUUCCAAUCCUUUCAAAGACAUGAAAGGACUCACCCAAGCAAGAAACACUAUGAAUGUAAACAAUGUGGGAAAACCUUCAUAUAUCACAAAUCACUUGAAAUGCAUGAAAAGACUCAUACUGGAUUGAGACCCUAUGAAAAGAAACCCAAUGAAUGUGGAAAAUGUAGUAAAGCUUUCAGUCGGCCCAGUUCCCUUCAAAUACAUGAAAGAAUUCACACUGGAGAGAAACCCUAUGCAUGUAAGGAAUGUGGGGAAGCCUUCAGUUUUCAUUCAACAUUUCAAGCACACCUGAGAAUGCAUAGUGGAGAGAAACCUUAUAAAUGUAAAGAAUGUGGUAAAGCGUUUAGUCAUCCCACUUCCUCUCAAAGGCAUGAGAAGACCCACACUCAAGAAAAACACUAUGAAUGUAAUAAAUGUGGAAAAGCCUUUAGUUUUCUUCAGUCCUUUCAAAGACAUGAAAAGUCUCACCUUGGUGAGAAAUGCUAUGAAUGUAAACAAUGUGGGAAAACCUUCAUAUAUUACAAAUCAUUUCAAACACAUGAAAAGACUCACUCUGGAGAAAAGGCCUAUGAAUGUAAAAAAUGUGAUAAAACCUUCAGUUGGCCCAGUUCCCUUAGAAUACAUGAAAGAACUCACACUGGAGAGAAACCUUACACAUGUAAGGAAUGUGAGAAAGCUUUCAUUACUUCCCAGUGCUUUCAAAGACACAUGAUGACACACAGUGGAGAUACGCCUUACAAAUGUAAGGAAUGUGGCAAAGCCUUCACAUGUUCUGCUUCAUUUCAAGUUCAUGAAAGAACUCAUACUGGAGAGAAACCCUAUGAAUGUAAACAAUGUGGGAAAGCCUUCAGUGUUCACUCAGCAUUUCGAAUACACCUGAGAAUUCAUACUGGAGAGAAACCCUACAAAUGUAAAGAAUGUGGGAAAGCCUUCAGUUGUCCCAGUUCCUUUCGAAGGCAUAAAAGGACUCACACUGGAGAGAAACCCCAUGAAUGUGAGAAAUGUGGGAAAACCUUCCAUUAUCCUCUAGAUUUGCAGACCCAUAAAAGAACUCACACUGGAGAGAAACCCUAUGAAUGUAAACAAUGUGGUAAAGCUUUCAGUUAUUCCAGUUCCUUUAGAAAUCAUGAAAAAACUCAUAUUAGAGAAAAACCCUAUAAAUGUAAACUAUGUGGGAAAGCCUUCAUUUAUCCCAGUUACUUUAGAAGACAUGAAAGAACUCACAAUGGAGAGAAAUUUUAUGAAUCUCGGCAAGGUGAACCCCCACUUCAGACGGUGCAGCCAAGAAUACAAGGCUCUGUGUUCUCCCAGCUUUUAGUUGAGAGCCUUUUUCUAGGAAGAGCAGGACUUCAACAUUUUUUUAUCUUUUCCCAGCUACCCUUUGCUGAGGUAAAGUCCCACGUUUGUGCACUUAAAAAGUGGUGGCCCUCUUCUUGCAUCCACACCCUACUCGUGGAACAAAGUCUCUUCUAUGUGCAUGGCAUGCUGAGAAUACUGGGGCCACUCAUCACCCUUGGCACGUCUGUUAGGUGGUGGUUUUAUGCCUGGUGACACAAGCUGAGAGAACAUCAGUCUGCUAUGCCUCCCUCCACUGAGCACUCAGUUCUUAGUGUCACUCAGAAGCUUACCAUUGUCCCCACCCAGCUCCAGAGCCCUGGCACAGAAAUUUUGCCUGGGAGUGGAGAAGCAUGUCCUAAAACAAACAGAGCCUAAUCACUUUUCAAAGGAAUUAACUGCAACUGCAACAGAUCAUGAGAAGUUCGAGCCCAUGGGCACGCCACUCAACACAGUGGAAAUAGAGGUGAAGGGUCAUUGAGAGGAGAUCUGUGGGUUUAAUGAAGAUACAGACUAGACUACAGGCCAACUAGUUAGCAGCAGGAAACCAGGGGAAAACUGCUAAGAGAAGUCCAUUAGGGAAUGAAUAUCAAACACGGACCUGUGAGGGUAUUCCUUCCAAGGAACCAUUGAUUGGAUCAGUAUAGAGCAGUUUAUGCCCUGGGACACUGUUGAAAAGAAGAGUCAUCAGCCAGCUAUUAUUACAGUUUAACAGCUGGGCAUAGUCCAAGAAAAAGAGGAAGACAUUUCUACCAAUACUUCUGUCAUUCCAGCAUCACUGUGGGCAUAAACAAAGAUGUGUCAGCCCCCUGCCCCUGAAGAGUGACAUCGCAGAGGCUUAAAACCGUGGGGAAGUAAUAGACUUCACCAAAACAAUCUAGUCACUAAAAAAAGCAAGGAAAUAACAAUAACAAGGCCUGGGGCCGUGGGGGAAUACACAGAAAGGGUGGAAUGUGUUGGCUAAAAUGUUUACUUUGCAACAAAAAUUAAGAGACAUGGAAGAAAACAGGAAACUAUGAACCAUACUCUGGGCAAAGAAAGGAAAAAAACAGAACUUCGUGCCAGCAAAACAGACGUCAGAUUAACAGAAAAAUACCUCAAAGUACACAUUAUAAACAUGUUCACAGAAUCAAAGGGAAACAUGAUUAAAGGAGUAAAGAAAUGGCCUCACACCUAUUGGGAAGUCUACUAUCAAAAAGCAGAACAGAACAGAAAAUAACGGGUUGGCAAAAAUGUACAGAAAUUGGGAUUAUUACACACUUGGUUAGAAUAUAAAAUGGUGCAGCUGGUAUGUUAAACAGUAUGGCAGUUCCUCAAAAACCUGAAAAUGGAAUUACCUUGUGGUUCUUUAUUUAAUUCCACUUCUGGGUAUGAGAUAGGAGGGAGGCAGUUUCCAUGGGUGUGGGUUUCAAGACACCCUCCCAGGUCUCAGGCCUCUCUUCUAGGUCCUCCCCUAGAGGAGAGUUACUUCUG